UGGCGAUGGCAGGUAGUCGUCUGCUGAAAAUAGUUUUGCUGACGUUGUCAGUGUCUGUUGUCGUAUCUUGGGACAAUAAUGACUUUGAGAUAUUUGAUUUAGUGGAGGAAGUAAAUUAUACGAACUUCUAUGAACUUUUGGGUGUUGACCAGACUGCAACCACUGCCGAGAUCCGCCGUUCUUACCGCAAGCUAUCCUUGCAAUACCACCCAGACAAGAACAAAGCAGAUGAUGCUGAGGAUCAGUUUAGACGGAUGGUUGCAGUGUAUGAAGUCCUCAAGGAUGAAGAAAAAAGACAGAGGUAUGACCAAGUUUUGGUGGAGGGGCUCCCUGACUGGAGGCAGCCAGUGUUUUACUACCGUCGUGUCCGCAAGAUGGGCAUGUUAGAGCUGACUUGCCUUCUGGGCUUCAUCCUCACCAUUGGACAGUACCUGGUAGCCUGGGCAGUCUACUUUGAGAAGAGACUCUCACUGGAAGACUUUUAUGCCUCAAAGAAGAAGAAAGUGGCUGACAAGAACAAGAAGAAGAGCAAGGUCGGAGUUGAGGAACUUGAGGAGGAGAUAGAGGAAGAGCUGAAGUCCCUGCCCCGGCCCCAGCUGAUGGACUUGUGGAUGUUCCGACUGCCUGGUUUCCUGGUGUACUUGGCUUGCAGUUUACCAGAAGCAGUCGGGGCACUGGUAGAGCUUGUCAAGUCCCGGAGGAAGGUGGAAGAAGAGCUGGAGGAAGAAGAGGAGGAAGAGCAGGAAUCCACACGGAAAGCCAAACGAAAGAAGAUGGAGAUUCCUGAGUAUCAAGCCGACCUGUAUCAGAAUGUCACAUCCAGUCACACUCAAGCCAACGCUCAGUCUGCCCAGAGUGAACACAAAAGCAUUAAGAAAGAUGGAGACUGGUCGGAUGAGGAGCUGGUACUGCUGGCGAAGGCUGUCAACAAGUUCCCCGGGGGAACCGUGAAGCGAUGGGAGAAAAUAGCUGACUUUGUAGGCAGGACAGUUGAGGAGGUGACUGUUAAAUCUAAACAGGUGAAAGGUGGUGCCUUUGCAAUGAACCUGAGCUCCUCUGUUCAAGGUGGUGGCUUCUCUGGAAAAAACAAGAAACAAGAAUGGGAUAUAAGUGACUCGAUCAUAACAACAAACGAUCCUUUGACAACCUUGGAAAAUACGGAUGACGAGAAUAAACUGAGAAGAAGAAACAAACCGUCCAAAGUUGUGAAAACCGCUGAUAGAUCGCUGCAAAUACCUCCUAGUCAGCCGGUCUCCAAACCUGCAGCAGCACCGCUGUCAGAGAAAGGGGCACCUGCUAGUGUUGGUUCAGAGAGCCAGGACUCACAGAGUAAUACCACAGAGUCUGUGAAACUAAAGACUGGGGAUGCCACAUGGACUCAGAACCAGCAGGUGAUAUUUGAGUGGGCUCUGAAGCAUACACCAAAAGGGGUGGACAAGCGAUGGGAGAAAAUUGCUGAACAAAUUCCAGGAAAAUCAAAAGAAGACUGUAUACUGAGGUUCAAGUACCUUGCCGACUUGGUCAAGAAGAAAAAGACUGGGCAGAAUACUGAAGAACAAAGUUGAGGUGUCGGAGAUUGGAUCUUCUCAUGGUGCUAACUGACAUACCUAGCAAUGCAUUUAUUAUGGACGAGCAUUACCUGUGGUGAAAUAUAUACUGUGGUGGCUUCUCCGCAACCUGUGAUACAGGAGUUACGUGUAUAUAAGGGCGAUGGUGUACGAUGUCUGCAGAGGCUGGAAAUGUCGCUAAUUAUGCGACAGUGAGUGUUAAUGGGAUGGUUGUCAUGUGCUUGUGAUAAUGGUUUCAGGAUUCUGUUUAGAAACAUUAUUUUAUGUGUAUGAAUUUUUAUUUCUUUAUGCAUAUAUUAUACAGCAAAUAUACUAUAAGAUUAAAGUACUAGUAUAUAUUCUAGGCACAGUAACCAAAGAUUUUGCAUACACUACUUUCCUCAGUAGGGUGGUUGCAGCGAUUAGCUGCAAAAUUGCUGAUGCAGUGUUAAGCAAUAUUUAUUCACUCUCUCACUCAAUAGGGUGGUGUGGAAGCCCAGUGGUUGAAGCUUUUGUUUGUUAUGUCCCAACUAUGGGUAAAUUUUUUUUGUGAAGACCAUUUCUGGUAACCCCCUCAGUGAUAUUGGUGAAUAUUUCUAAAAGCAAUGUGAAACCCUUCUCACUCGUUCCACUUUUCAUAUGUUUGACCAUUUAACAAAUUGAGGCCAAUUAUGACUCAAAUAGGUCAAAUGAACUCCACCUUUGCCUUAAAUAGAAACAAUAUGUUUCUAACACUCACUGGGUUCCCCCCCUUGAACUAGUCCGUAUCUUGACUUGUUGGUUAUAACUUACGAAAUUGACUAAGUGUAUUCCAUGGUGAGUAAGGAUCGUUGUGUUUAUGAACCCACGAUCAGGGUUCUACCUUAACCUUCAUAGCUAGGGAACCAGAGCACCCCCAAUUGCAAAUUUCAAGGGUCAUUAACAGACAGGUUCCUGCAAACUAAAGGGAUGAUGUGUACUGUAACAAUAAAUGCCUUUUUUUUAAUAGGACCUUCAUAUUUCUUGUCUACUUUUUGGAAUAAUGAAUAUUGAUGUGCAACCUUAUGUUUCUCUGCAUCUAUUGCAUACUGAUGCACAUUUCUGAGUUGGAUAAUACCUAGUGGUCAGACGAUAGAUGCAGGACCCAAACUUACAUGAAAGCAUUUAUUGCACUUGGAGCCAUGACACACUUUCUCAACACCCUGCACAUUCAAGCUGCCCACUUGAGAUAUUUAAAAAGUUCUUGUCUACUUACGGACUUCAUAUGUUGUUUAUGUUUACUUGUGAAACAUUGUGUCACAUGAUGUGAAAUGCCACAGAAUGAAAAAUGAAUAUAUA